UUUCUUAUAUAUACCCAUUCGCCCCGUUAACGCACGUGGCCCGUGCUCCCCUUUGGAAGUUUUCUGAAAAUCGAAAACACAGAGCUGAAUAGUUGCCGCAGUAUCAGUGGUACGAGCGUCCGUGCAGCACAUAGUCCGAGUAAAAUCCACAAAUAUCUCCACGUGAACAUCUGCUCUGUAGCGCCGCAAAUAUGUUCGCAAGGAGCCUUGGGCGAGAAGCGCUUAAGCGGGUCGCUGGACACCCGUGUAUGAUCCCCCAAAUGGGCCAUGUCAGAAACGAAGUGAAGAACGCAAACAUGUUUACGAAGAGAGGCAUAACUUUUUCGAGAAUACAUUUAACGCACUACUUGGAGGAUUACUAUACGUCGGCGGAAAUUGCAACGAACAUGGUGUCACCCAUGUCUGAGUACGUUUGGUGGAGCUGGCUAUUCCUGCAGGCCACCAUCGUCUUUGGAACUCUGCUCCACUCCAACUAUUACUUCACGGGGAAGCCUCUGCCCAAAGUUCAAGGAAACUCCCAGUUGUGUGAAGAUUCAUGGUGAAGUCUUCUCACCAUGUAUGGGAUGAACCGAUAGAAGGACGCCCCCACCUAUGGAGAGAACACCUCAUUUAAAAACUUUUUCGAUUUUUUUUUUAUAUCUCUCCAUUGUGUAGUGUGUUACGUGCGUAUCCUUCCCGCGCCCCGUUUUGUUUUUCAUGUAAUU